AUGGUAUACUCACCAUCAAAUUCCCGUAGAUCAAGUUACGUUUCUUCACAAUAUAAUCUUGAACAUCCAAAAGUAAACGAAAAUUUUGAUACCAUGAAAUCAAAUGUAAGAAAAAUAUUAUUCAAGCGUGAAGACGAGAUUGACUCACCCAAAGUCUCGAGUGUGGUCGUGUCUCGUGAAGCCAGUGCUACUUCGGAAUAUAUUCGGGAUUCUGUAAAUAUAAAUGAUGAUUCACACAUCCAAAGUUCAACUGCAAGUGCGAACGAGGAACUCUUGACAACAGAAUAUUCGUCCGAGGUCCUUCUCGCGAGCUCCGAAGCUUCAUCAAACGUUGAAGAAGAGGCAACCGAGAUUCCCGAGCCUGCAAAGAAAGUCAUUGUGCAUCGACACACUGAAUCAUUGAAAGAUGCCCUCCAUUACCUGAAGUCACUCUAUGAUAACGUAAAUGAUUGGACCCUGUAUACAGAAACUAAGGGUGUUAAAGUGUUUACAAUGGAUGGUGGCAAACCCAUGCCGAUUAUGCGUGGUGACAUCACAUAUACCGGAUAUGACGCUGAAGACGUUCUAUCGGUCGUAGCCAAUAUGGACUUUAGAAAACUUUGGGAUGAUCGUUUUGACGAAGGUUCCACCUACGAGCGAUGGGAUCUAGGUGAAACAUUAACUAGAUCAGCCAUGAAGGGAACCUUUCCCGUCAGUGGUCGUGAUAUGGCGCUGAUAAACACGGUCGAUCGAGAUCCAGAGACUGGAACCAUCUAUUUUGUCAGCACUUCAGUUAUUGAUCAAGCCAUUCCUUUGUCUAAGAAACAUGUGCGAGCUGAUUUAAAAAUCGCUGGGUGGAUACUGAAACCCAAGAAGAAUGAGUCGGGAAUUGUUGAAGCAGUGGAUGCCACGUACAUUGUUGAAAUUGAUAUUAAACUUGACUCAAUUCCGACAUCGAUUCUUAAAUCAAUCUCAAUGCAAACGCCAAUGUGCGUCGUCAAAGUUAACGAUGUCAUACAAAAAUACGGGUUUCCUCCUUAUGUGAAAAGAUUGACUGGAAUGUUAAGUCACGAUGGAUUUAGCGACAAAACUUUUCAAUGUGAUUUUACUCUACAAAUGGACGGAGGAGGUAUUGCCGAAAUUCAAACGUCUAAGACAAUGUAUCCAAAUGGGUUUGACAUCUCAAUCAAACCUGAAAAUGUGAAGGUUGAAUUGGCUUAUGAUAAUCGAGAAUUGAUCCGACUCACAAUGCCCGCAGGAACUGAUUCACGUGAAGUCAAAGUAACGAUCACGAAGAAUUCGUCUAAAGUUACCAAAAUGACUUGUAAUAAAACUCAAAAUAUUCCAGUAGCUUCACCCGAAAAUGAAGGUGCAACAAUCAUGUCAUCAACACCGGAAGUUAAAUUCUCUUCAUCGCAAGCAAAGAAGACGAUUAAAAAUAGUGUGGUCAACCACGGGCAUCCGGCAAAGGACAAGUCUUCAAGUCCUACCCUUGUUAACAAGGAACCUAUUCAAGUACCAGUUAUGGAAACUGUCAAUAUAAAAAAGAGCGAUAUAAAAAUCACACCUGAUGAUCAUGAUGUCAGCCUGGCGGAUAAGCGUUUUAUUCAACAACCAGAAUCCGUGAUUCCUACUAAAAUUACUGAAGUUAAGCAUCAAUCAUUUACAGAUAAACUAACGCUCGAUGAGUCCACGGACGAAAUACCUACAUCAAAAAUUUUAACGGUCGGUCGUAACAUAUCCAUUUCUGACUUUGCUGAGAACAUUAAAUUAGAUCCUCAGAAAUUUGGAUUAAUGAUUGCCUCGAUGAUAUUGGCAUACUACGCCG